AGCAAACCAUAACACUCGGGUCCCGCGCCGUAUUUGUCUGGGCUAGCCUGGGUUUCCCAGCCUGGGUUCAGCGAGGUUUUUGUGUCGGUUUCAGAGUGGGUCCCGUGUAGAUUUCGCGAACCAUCACGUAUAUAAAUUCCACUGCGAACACAUUAGAAAUCCAAUAAAAUUUAAUUUUUUAAGCGACUUGGAAAUUUUGAGCUUUUAAUUUAUAGAUUUAUCUAUGUUAUAUACAUAGACUAUGUAUUUAUUUAUAUGAAAUGUUUAUAUAAACGUUUAUAUGUUUUAUAUGUAAUGUUUAUAUAAUUAUAUACACAUUUAAAUGUUAUUUAUGCUAUUUCGUAUAAUGAAUUAUUUCAAUAUACGAAAUAUAUUUAAAUAGUUUAUUUUAUUUUAUUUAUUAUACGAAAAUUCGUGUUUCGACAGGUAAUCUAUUGCAUGUUUCAUUAGAUAACUGUUGCAUGUUUUAGCUAACCAUAGUUGUUGGUUUGUAUUAUCUUUACAUAUUUAUUAUUUAAACAACAGCUGUUAUCAGAAAAUAUUAACUAAAUUUAAAAAUGGCAACAUUUAACGUUAAUUUCAAGACGUGUUCAGAUAGAACAAAAAGAAGAAGAAUUAAUUCAAGAGUUACAAAUAUACUGACAGAGUUAUCUCAGAAAGAUAAACAUGAAAGUAUUUCCAUGCUAGAUAAUCCUGAUAUUACUUCAAGGACUGUGAAUGACAUAAGCUUUAGUAGUUGUAAAAAAAGUUUUGAUCAAAAUGCAAAUAGGCACAAAAAUCGAAAUGAACAUUUAGCUAUUUUUGAUAGAUCUCAAACCGAGUUUUCAGAAAUGCUCUCUGAUGGUAAUGAAAAUAAAUCAAGUGUUGAUUAUAUUAGUUGUGGUUUGGAAGUUGAUAAAGUUAUCAGCACCUUAAGUGAUGAUACUGAUGAUAAUAAUAAAAGUGAUGAAUUUACACUAGGUAAUAAAUUGCAAGAUUGGGCAAUAACCUAUCGUGUAUCUCAUUCAGCUUUAGGAAGUUUAUUACGCAUAUUGAAUCCAUUACACUGUAAUCUUCCUAUUGAUUCAAGAACUCUUUUAAAUACUUGCCGAAAUGUUGACAUCAAGCAUGUUGCAGGUGGAGAAUAUUAUUAUUUUGGGGUGAAGUAUUGGAUACAAAAUAUUUUUAAAUUCAAUCUGCCCAAUUCUCAAGUUGAACUUUUACAUAUUCAUAUCAACAUAGAUGGUGUACCACUUUUUAACAGCAAUUCUAUUUCUUUUUGGCCAAUUCUUGGUUCACUGAAAGAGUGUCCGUUAAGCGGAACUUUUCCUAUUGCUAUUUAUAGUAGUACAAAAAAACCUACUUCUCUUGAUGAAUAUUUGAAUGAUCUUGUUUCAGAAAUGAAGACGUUAAAGCAACAUGAGUUUUUGUUUAAUAAUAAAACUUACAGAGUGAAAAUUGAUGCUAUAAUAUGCGAUACACCAGCAAGGGCAUUUAUUAAAUGUAUUAAGCCUCACUCUGGUUAUAAUUCAUGUGAGAGAUGUAUGCAGCGUGGUAAGUGGUGUAACAAAAUCACACUACCUAAUAUAGCAGCACCAAUAAUUACAGACUUUAUCUUUACUGAGCGUCAGUAUUCUAAACAUCAUGUAGGUACUUCACCAUUGGAGGAGUUGGGUUGUGGUAUGGUUACAGAAUUUCCGUUAGAUUAUAUGCACAUUGUGUGUUUAGGUGUUAUGCGCAGGAUUCUGUUUCAAUGGAUUCAUGGACCGCGUGGGUAUUGUAAGCUAUCUCAGUUACAGUUAUCUAUGAUAUCUGACAACUUAGCUGUUAUUCGUAAACACAUCCCGAGAGAGUUUUCACGAAAACCAAGAUCUCUUUCAGAAUAUAAAAAAUGGAAAGCGACUGAAUUAAGACAAUUUUUAUUGUACACUGGGCCCGUUGUCUUGAAAAAUGUUCUAAAAGACACAGUUUAUUCAAAUUUCCUCGAUUUGUCUGUUGCCAUACGAAUAUUGCUCAGCCCAAAUUUAUUGUCAAAAAAUCUUGACUAUGCCGAACAACUUUUAAAAUACUUUGUGGUAACAUUUUCAAAGUUAUAUGGUGAAAAUCAACUUGUAUAUAAUAUUCAUUCUUUAAUACAUUUACCAAGUGAUGCUAAACGUUAUGGUGUUCUUGAUAACAUUUCAGCGUUUAGAUAUGAAAGUUACCUAGGAAGAUUAAAAAAGUUAGUUCGGAAGCCACAAAAUCCAACUGGUCAAGUGGUACGUCGAAUUAUUGAAGGGCACUGCAACGUCAAUGAAGUCACUUCCAAUAAAAAACCUAUCUUGAAGAAGAUUCAUUUUGAUGGUCCUAUUCCUGUUGAAUACCAAUCUUAUAUCCAGUUUGAACAAUACUAUGGACCGGACUAUUUUGUUUCCACAUCCAUUGGAGAUAAUUGUUUUACAAUUGAAAAUCCAGUUAGUUCGAUUUCACUUUCAAUAUACUUUGUGACCAAACUUACUGGCAUAAGACGAACCUUUCCUGUUACUAGUCUAGUGACCAAGUAUCUUCUACUCCCAUUUAAACAAGGAUUUGUUGCUUUACCUCAAAUGCAUUUCUCAUAAGUUGUAACAAAAUUGUUUUCAAGUUUUUGCCAUAUUUAUAUAGUUUACAUUGUGAAUGUUUUAAAUACGAUUUUUUGUUCCAUAAAUAAAUAAAUAUAAAAAAGUUUCGGCUUUGACAGGCUUAGUUGUGAUAUUAUUUUAGAUUAUUUUCAUUUGGUUUAAAAAAGUUACAGAAUGAGUAAGUUAUUAGAGUUAUGAUUACAUGACAUUGUUUAUUUAAUUUCAGAGGGGUUUUUACAAUAAUAAAUUUUCAAAAAUGUAUGCUGUUCUCGAAUAUAUUGAAACUAAAGAGAUAGAUUUUCUGCCAAUCAAGUGGAUGGUUGAUAGACUCAACUGGGA